AACAUGAAAAAAUUUUUGAGCGUUUUAUUUGUACUUGUCGUUGUAGCUGCAUGCUUCGACAUGGCAAGCGGUAGUCCAGAAAAGGCAAAAGAUGAUGUAUACGCUGAUGAAGAGAAAAAGGAAACACCAAAGCCAACUCAAAAACCAAAACCCAAACCUGCUGACAAGAAACGAGAUAGACGAUCAUCACAAAGUGGAAAGAAAGGAGUCAAAUCAUCUUCACCUGCCAAGAACUUUGGAAGUCCAAUUCUAUUUUUGGUCGCACCAAUUAUUGCUACAAAGUUUCUAUUUUAAAGUAUGCUUUCCUAAACAUACUUUGUUGGAGAAGUCAGUAUGAUCAAUUUUAGUCCGAAUUUGCUGUCUAAUAUUGUUUCAAACUGCUUUAUAAAUAAAAAAAUUUUCUCAUGC